AUGUAUAAACUCAAGCAGCACGUCUUUUUAGGAGACCAGAAGUACUUGGAGGAAGUACCUAAGCUUACACUUGCAGCGACACGCCCCGACCUUGGAUCCGUGGAGAAGACAUGGCGGAGAUCGGAAUCCCAACCAAGAUCAGAGUGUCAGUCAUCCACGACCACACCCGACAUCACUGCUUGUGAGGUGCAGAGUGUCACACCCUCUGCUAAAGAAGUUAUAGGAGAUAUUGGUGUCAGGCAGGAGUCAGCUACGUUAUUCUCCACAGAUGGGUCCAUUGAGUCCCAACCAAUAUCAGAGUGUCAGUCAUCCACGACCACAGCAGACAUCACUACUAGUGAGGUGGAGUGUUCCACACCCUCAGCUAAAGAAGUGAUUGGAGCCGUUGGUGUCAGGCAGGAGUCAUCUGUGGAGAAUAAUGCAGCUAUUGCCAGUGAGUCCCAACCAAUAUCAGAGUGUCAGUCAUCCACGACCACAGCAGACAUCACUACUAGUGAGGUGGAGUGUUCCACACCCUCAGCUAAAGAAGUGAUUGGAGCCGUUGGUGUCAGGCAGGAGUCAUCUGUGGAGAAUAAUGCAGUUAUUGCCAGUGAGUCCCAACCAAUAUCAGAGUGUCAGUCAUCCACGACCACAGCAGACAUCACUACUAGUGAGGUGGAGUGUUCCACACCCUCAGCUAAUGAAGUGAUUGGAGCCGUUGGUGUCAGGCAGGAGUCAUCUGUGGAGAAUAAUGCAGUUAUUGCCAGUGAGUCCCAACCAAUAUCAGAGUGUCAGUCAUCCACGACCACACCAGACAUCACUACUAGUGAGGUGGAGUGUUCCACACCCUCAGUUAAAGAAGUGAUUGGAGCCGUUGGUGUCAGGCAGGAGUCAUCUGUGGAGAAUAAUGCAGCUAUUGCCAGUGAUUGGAGGUAUUGGUGUCAGGCAGGAGUCAGCUGCGUUACUUUCCACAGAUGGGGCCAUUGCUAGGCGGUGUAUGAAGAGGCCGUGGACGCAGGAGGAGACUGAUGCGGUCUUCAAACACAUGAAAGUUUUCAUUGAAAAUGGAUUGACAGUUACUAAGGAGCAGUGCAAUUAUUGCAAAAAUAAAGAAGCUCCUAUCCUGAACAACAGAACUGUAAUGAACAUCAGGGACUUUGUCAGGAACCGAGGCUUGGCCUUUAAAAGGAACUUAGACAAACAGACAAACACCCUCAAACCAUAAUGAUACAGUACCACUUUCAUGCAUGAUGGUGAGGAGGGUGUUCUUGGGAUCAUAUGCAGUAGUUCUUUUUCUCAAAACAUAUUGAAUUGUAUUAAUGCCAACCAGCUUGAUGUUGGUUUCAAAUGACUACAGCAGCUCCUUAUCAUAUCCUAAAUCAGUCUGAUGUUCAUUGGCAAACCUCUGGAGUACUGCUCAGGUUCUUUCUGAAGUAGGGGUACCAUGUGUGCACUACAGGAUUUUAAGCUUUUGUGGCAUUAAGUUCUACCGUAAGUUCUCAGUGAUUUUGGUCCCAGAAGCUCUGAUAUCAUUGCCUAGUUCAUCCCAUACCAUUAAGUUCUACCGUAAGUUCUCAGUGAUUUUGGUCCCAGAAGCUCUGAUAUCAUUGCCUAGUUCAUCCCAUACCGGUCUAGGGUGCUUUCUUUCUGUUUUCCUG